UGUUGGUGCCUUCGCAGUUGGUAGUCAUCGAACGCAGCGAUUCGAAUCGCUUUUCAUAUGUAAAAUCAAAAGAAACUCGCAUUGCUUUUUGUUCUUCUUGAUCGGUGGAACUCUUCGAUUUCUUCUACUUGUUGUUCUUGUGGUCCUUAAUCCUUCUCUUUCUAAGCCAAUCCAUGGAUGAAUCACUUGCAGAGAAGGAUGUGAAAGCUCCUAAUUUGAUAGAAAGAGCAAAGGAGGAGAUUGAAGCAAUCAUGCAUAGGGAGAAGAAGCAUAAUAAGGAGACUCAUGGAAUGCGUGAUGACAUCGAUGAGACUACACCUAUCGACGAGAUUAAAGGCCCCAAUGUCUUCGAAAGAGCAAAGGAGGAGAUUGGGGCCCUUGUAGAAACUAUUCAUUCAAAGAAGGAGCAUGAUCACCAAAUGCAUUCAGAGGAUCGAAAGGGCUUUUGGGAACUUCUUGGUAGAAGUUUUGAGAAAUUUUGCUCUCCGUUUACUCCAAAGCGAGAUUGAUUUUCAAAUGAAAGAACAUUGGUGUUUGCUUGUGUUGUAUCUUGGAUGAAAAUGCUCUUGUUGUGUAUCUUGGUUUGCUUGUGUUGCAUACAUUGGUGUUUAUAUGAAUGAGAAUUUUGUUCAUGAUUUAUAUUUGGGACUCA